AAGACCCUCAGAUCAGAGUUUGUAAUUUACUCACUGAUGCGUUUACAGUUCACCAGCUUUAUUUUCUUCGGGCACUGUGUCUAGUUUCACAGAGCAAUUGAAGGUGACAGGGACAGAGAGCGGCGGAGGGAGGCGGGAGGGACACGGGGAGGACACAUCACAGUAUCGCCCGCGGCAACACAACAGCAGCGGAAGAGCCAACCGAUGGAGAGACAAAGAACAAAACCAACCCAGAAAAGUACUCAGAGGCAGUGCUAUGAACAGGCACUUCUCUGAGGAAACUAAACGAGAAGCAGAGGUGGAGGGGCAGAAGAAUAGGCAAGUAUGAACGAGAGAGGGAGCGACAGAGAGAAAGGGAGCGCAAAGUCUUGUCAACCGGAAAUAAAACAAGCUGGCACCCUCCCCAUCCCCAAAGUCACACAGUUCCUCCUUUCCUGCUCCUCCACUGCAAAUACAUUUAAACUACUGGGCCCGUAGUCUGUGAGUGUCUGUUUGUAGCAUCAUACCUGCGUCAUUCUCCCUGUGAUCUGUUUGCUCCUUUAUACCUGACAAUACUCUGUUAUUGGGUAAAGGCUGAAAACAGAAAGUGUCAAAGUAAAAUAACACAAGGAACAAUGCAGGCAAGUCUAACUUAAAUUACUGGAUUCAGCAAUUACAAAUUUUCUGCAUAUGAACGGAGUACGGUAGUUUUACAGGUACAGUGGUCUAAAGACUAUAUGCUACAUUAGUAUGUCAUUUUGUUAUGGGUAAUUAUAAUUUUGUCUAAUGAAAAGUUUUUAUUGCAAAUGAUUACUCUUGUUAUGAAUGAAAGGGGUCAGUAAUGAAUUCUUAAACAUUUAGGUUCACUUAAGUUUAGGAGUUUUUCCGGUAAAAAAAAAAAAAAAAAAAAAAAAAAAUCACUUCAUUUUAAGUGAAUAUUAAAGUGUGAUUUGCAGCUAAAAUUGAAUCCAUCAUGUAUUUAUCAUUUGUGAUCUCUCCAUUAUCUGUGCUUUCUGCUCUGCUCUGGCGGCCUCCCCUCCUCCUCCUCGUGCUGGCAUUAAGUUCAAACUUGACACUGAUGUUGACUCACUUUGUCACCCCUCGGUGGCUCUCCUCUCUCCCUCCCUCCCUCCCUCCCUCUAUCUCUCUCUUUCCCUCUCUCUCUCUCUCUCUCUCUCUUCCUCUCCAUCGCUCCGAGGACAAGAGUGCCCACAGACGCAUUUCUCUCCAGAGCCCCCCCCCCCUCCUCUCUCUCCCCCUCUCUCCCUCUCUCUCUCUCUCUCUCCUUGUCGAACUCCCUCCAUCUACACUCUCCUUUACACACACAGCACUGUCAACAAAGCUGGAGAACAAGGGACCAACGGGGAACAGGAGAAUCAAGGUCCAAAAGAAGACCAGCGGACUGGACGUGGCGUCAACAUACCUGGAUAGUUGCAGCACCACAGAAAACGGAGAGCAGAGGAGCACAGAGCCAAAGGUGACACUAGGGCGGGGCGGUCGGUUCUUCUGGCUGGUUUGGACCCUCGGACUAUGUAUGAGAAGUUAACCAUGCUCAACCUGCAGAGCAGCUCCAACUGGAGUGGGCCUAACAACUGGUAUCAUGACCCCACCAGCGUGCAGACACAACACAGCACAGUGUCUGAGGGCUGCCUGCUGGAUGCUGAAGGCCUGGGGGGAGAGGCGGCCUCUGGUCGGGCAGGGGCAGGAGGGGUGCCUGUGGAUCGGGACGAGGGUGAGGAGUCCCAGCUGAGGCUGCAGCUCAAGAGGAAACUGCAGAGGAACCGUACCAGCUUCACACAGGAGCAGAUCGAGGCUCUGGAGAAAGAGUUUGAGAGGACACACUACCCAGAUGUCUUUGCACGGGAGCGACUGGCAAACAAGAUCGAUUUACCUGAGGCCAGAAUACAGGUGUGGUUCUCUAACCGAAGAGCCAAAUGGAGGCGUGAGGAGAAGCUGCGUAACCAGCGGAGGUCAGGGGGCAUGACCUCAUGUUCACAAAGUCAGGCCCCCCUCACCACCUCAUUCAACACCAAUGUCUAUCACCAACAGCACAGCAGCACUUCAGGGUCAAUGUUGAGUCAAGCAGAGACAUCACUGCCAAGUUACAGCUCUCUGUCUGUGUUCUCAUCUGGAGUACAGUCCAUCCCUCCCCAGUCGGCUUCCUCGUACUCCUGCAUGUUGCCCCCCUCUCCCUCGGCUCCGCGAAGCUUUGACUCAGCGUACACCUCUUCACAUCUGCAGACUCCACCCACGGCUAGCUCCAACACUGGUCUUAUAUCUCCGGGGGUCUCUGUGCCAGUUCAGGUCCCAGGAGCAGAGCAGCAGAGCAUGAGUCAGAACCUGGGUCAGUACUGGGCCAGGUUACAGUGAAUGACAGACUGUGGAGGCACAGACAAAGAAAAGGGCAUGUUAACCGUGUCAGAUCUUCCUUGGGGCAAUUGUGAGCAGGCAGGGACAGUGGGAGUGGCUGGAUGCAUUCAUGUUUACAAUUCAAUCAAGAGCAGCUUUGGUUGUACUUCAUGGUACUAUGAUUUACUGAUAUUUGCACUAAAUUAGAAUUUAACAUCACAGACGAGUUUAAGAGCUGACCACUACUUCCAUGUAAUUUGAUGUGUAUACUGAUCUGGCACAUACCGAGUGUUAAGGACACAUGUUUCCUCAAGUCUUAAGACUGACAAUCUAAUCUGGGAUUGGUUUCUGAUAGUAAUGAUCUUGAAAGCUCCAGUGUUUUGCAUUAUUCAUUAAGUAUUAAAGAUUUAAGGAAAACAAAUUCAAUCUAAAAUGCUGACAUUAGUGCAUAUGGAUGUGACCUCUACUGGUAGGGUUCAAGGUAGGUAAUCUCUGUAGUGAAUGCUUUUUGGGCAGUGAAAGUUGGGCAGUAAUCUAAAUAAAUCUAUUAAAGGAGAAUGAAUUUAAAAAAAACAUCAUCUCCAGGGUAAUCAUUUUAUGAAACAAACAAUGGAACCAAACAUUUUGAGCUCUGAGGAGGGAGAAAGACAAAAUGUGCAAGAUUAUUAAGAAGUGUGAAUGAAACAAAACACAACUCCAGAAAUGUCGGAGAUAUGUAGCAACAUUAUAUAGCAUGAUUAAAAUAGUAAAAUAGUUAUAAAAGCAGCGUGGCCAAAUGACGUGCAAAUGGCAGCAGAUGUGUGUACUGUGAAGUGUAACCACAGAUUUGUUUUACUUGAGAAGAAUAUUGUGAUAGUCUGUUCCCUCAACUGUGAGAGGAUCGCUACUGUGAAUAUUUUUGACUUGCUGAUGGCAAUCACUUUUACUAAAACUGGACCAUUGAAAAGAGUGUUACUCCUGCCUCUAUCGUGCCAGCAACGAAUUAUUUUUGUACAGACUUUUAUGUGAGAAGAUUGAACAGGAUAGUUUCAAAACAUGGGAAAUGUAGCAUGUUGUGGACCUAAAGCACAAAUUGUAUUAGCUGAUAUUUAAUUAAGGAUGCACCAUUAUCAGAAGAGCCAAAACAUUCACGUUCAUGUGGUUUGACAUUGAUCAGACCACAGGGUCUGAGCAUCCCCAAAAACACCUGUGGGGUUUUCCCAAGCUACAGUAGUAAUGGGAAUAUGAGUUAUGCAAGAGGAGUGGGUACAUAUGGGGCUGCGUGUUCAGCAGGGGAAUUUAACAUCGUGACCAUCAAUGAAAGCUAACAUUAUGUUAUGCCUGAUCAUUGCACUCCUAGUGGUCACUUCUCAUAAUCCACUGACAUAUCAAUAAGCCAAUGACAAUCAAAUCAUUAUUUUAUACAAAAAACUGCUUUCAGACAAUCAGUCUAGAGUGGGCCACACUGUGCAGCAUGACCAAAACCACGAGACAAAAGACAAUCGACUCCAGGCCAGACCUCAGCCCAUCUGCAUUUUAGUCCAUAAGAAAACAUAUUUAUUUGUCUUUUCACUCUCUCACAUUGUGUUGUUUUUGCUGUGUGUGUUGUGUUAGUAUUGUAAAUUUACCAAGAGUCAACCCUUUUGUGAUGAAGGCCUUGGAUCCCUUUA